AUGGGCUCCAUAUUUUCAUCAAUCAACUCAUCCAAACCUUCGAAAACAGACUCUAAGCCUCCUUAUGAUGGCCCGAAUCGAUACCCUUAUGUGCGUAACGGCCAGCUUGUCCCUGUCGAAGCGAAUCCAAUCAUUUGGUACGAACGCUUGUUUGAGAUUGCGGACUGUGUACAACACCAAGACACGGACAAAGUCAUCAUAUUCACCCCCAUCUGCGAUGAAGACAACGGCUUCUAUCCAGACCCCAGAUCGAGGCAUGGCUGGCCGAUCAAGCGCUUGCGAAAGGCGUACGAGCUGCUCGGUGGACCACACCCGCGCAUCGUUCGGUAUAUCGGCGCGCUAUACAGCACUUCGGGUGAUGGCGUAGUCGUUGAAAGACUGGAACCAGGCCAACUCAAGAGGGUUGAGGUGCCUGCGAUGACAGUGCCUGUAGUAGCGCAAACGAUGUCGCACGACGAUAAGAUCAUGCUAUCGCUGUAUUACCGAUGGGCAAUACAAGCACUCUCCGCCUUCCGGCUCAUGCAUGCUCGAUCCAUCUACACUGGGUUCUUCUCAUCGCAACUCGUGUGGAUACGCCCGGACUUCUCGCUCGCAGUGACUGGAUUCAUCAGCGCCACUGCAACAGAGAUCGAGGACGAGUUCUGGAAAGAUGCUGCCGAAUAUUCGAAAGCAAUACGACAAGAGUCCGGCUUACCAGAACCAUGUGAUCCGGAUAACAUGGCAUCGGAGUGUAACUGGAGCGACGGUGAGUGGGUAGGGGACGACAUGAUAUAUGAUGGUCCUUUUGAUGAUACUCCCGAGCACGGAGUUUCAUCAGGAAGUGUAAAGGCAGACAUGUGA